UUCCGCUUCCGCUCCGCCAUCUUGCCGCCCUUGGUCAGGAGGAGACACCGGUCGGUGGCCGCUCCCCCGGUAGACUCAAGAUGUCAGCCAGAAAAGUUAGUCUAAAAGCCAUUGACUGGCUCGCGUUUGCUGAGCGAGUCCCACCAGGCCAGAAAGCCAUGUUUAUCGCACUGAAAACCAAAAGUGAUGCCCUGGCAGCCAGAUUGGCCUCCCUACCUGAGAAGCCAGCUACCAUUGACUGGAGCUAUUACAAGAAUGCUGUUGCUAAGCCGGGCUUGGUGGAUGACUUUGAAAAGAAGUUCAAUGCUUUAAAGAUUCCAAUGCCGGUUGACAAAUACACUGAGCCGAUUAAUGUUCAGGAACAAGAGGCAAAUAAGAGUGCUCAAGUCUAUAUCCAGGCUUCCAAGGAGCGGAUUGUCGGGUAUGAGAAGGAGCUGGAAAAAUUAAGAAACAUGAUUCCAUUUGAUCAGAUGACUAUUGAGGAUCUGAAUGAGGCUUUCCCUGAAACCAAACUGGACAAAGAGAAAUAUCCCUUCUGGCCACACAAACCCAUCAGUGAUCUGUAAUAGUCUCCUGAUAUAGAUCGCACCCUCUAUGGAUGUAACUUUAUCUGUUUUAAAAUAAAUCAAUUCUUCAGUGCUGAGUAAA